AUGAGCAGCUGGAAAAUGGUGCGACACGGAGAAUGGCGUCGCCCGUUGGGCGUACGCGAGCGCAUGGUCCUCCGACAGCUUGACACGACGCGGCCCGGCCACUUCCCGGGGACGAUCACGGCAGCCCUGCGGCUGGAGCACGCAUUCGACGACGACGACUUCGCUCGGCGCUGCGAAGCGGCUUGGAAAGCGCUACGCCGCGCCCACCCAUCCAUCGCAGCCACCAUCGAGGGCGGCGACGCCGUAUACCGCACGGGGGCCCACGAAUGGGUGCAGGGGACGUUCCGGAUCCAGUACGGCACCGGCGACGCGGCCGCCCUCUAUGCCACCGCCAGGCUGGGUGGAGGGGACAAGUGCUGCCUCCACGUCCUGCCGGGUAGCGGCGAGGUGGUGCUGAGCGGGCCGCACUGGAUCCUCGACGGCGUCGGCGCGCUGCUCUUGCUGAACGACCUGUGCCGCUUCAUCGCCACGCCGCCAAUGGAGCCCGAGCUCGGCGAUGAGGAGGUUAGCGCACUGUCGCCGGCUCUGGAGGAGGCGGCCGCGAUCCCGCCGGCAUCCCCGGCCGUGUGGCAGCGGGCGAAGGAGCUCGUUGCCGGCUGGAGUGCGAAGCGCAACGAGGCCGUCUGCAUCCCUAGCACGCCAUCCGCUGGGCAACCCGGCCCGUUCGGCAGGAGGCGUGCCCUGCUGUCUGCCGCAGCUACGGCCGCCGUCCGCCGCGCCGCCAAGUCCAAGGGGCUCAGCGUAACGCACUUGACCCAUGCCGCCCUGAUCGUCGCCGCCGCCAGGCACGACGAAAGGCACAGCCGAGAAGAGGGCGAGCGGCCGACCAGGCACUGGUGUGGAGGGCUGCCCAUCAACGCCCGCCCUUGGUGCAGUCCGUCCCAUGCGGCCGGCGCCUACUUCGUCGGUGUUCCAUGUGUCGUCGAUAACAUCUGGGAGCUGAUGGAGGCGGCGCAGGAGCUGAAGGCUCGGUACAGGGAGUGGCAGGAUGGGAGCCAUGUGUUGCAGCUGCUCGAGCCGCUGGAGCAAAUGACGAAGCCGCCCAAGGCGGCUGCCGAGAUGGAUGGCCCGGCACUUCCCCUGUACAGCGGCAUCGGAGAAGUGGAAAGGUUCAUAAGUGUGCAUGGCCAGUCGAUGCAGAUUCGCGAUUUCUGGUUCGCAAUGCGCAACAUCUCGCCGCGUGUCGUCGAUGUGUAUUGCUAUACAGCGUGCGGACGCUUGGCCUUGGAUGCCAGCUUCAAUCCCACAUACCAUAGCGAUGAGAGCAUGGAACGGCUGCUGGGCGGCAUGACGGAGCUGCUCACCGAGGCGGCCCGCAAUGAGUGA